AUGGCUUCCCCUUUUCUGCAGAACUUGGAGUGCGUGGCCGUGGCUGCGCAGCGGGGCUACGGGGAGGACAGAUGCCACUGGUCGCACAAGACGCAGGAGGGGAGCCCCUGCCUACGGCCUGGGACUGAGAUGGGGCAGCGUUGGCUGCUCCAGGAGUGGAGGGUGGCCAUCAAAGUCAUCGACAAGAGGAGAGCCAGGAAGGACACCUACGUCACCAAGAACCUGCGGCGGGAGGGCCAGAUCCAGCAGAUGAUCCGCCACCCCAACAUCACGCAGCUGCUCGACAUCCUGGAGACGGAGAACAGCUACUACCUGGUCAUGGAGCUGUCGGCUGGAGGAGGCGGAGGCGCGAGGAGAGCCAGGAAGGACACCUACGUCACCAAGAACCUGCGGCGGGAGGGCCAGAUCCAGCAGAUGAUCCGCCACCCCAACAUCACGCAGCUGCUCGACAUCCUGGAGACGGAGAACAGCUACUACCUGGUCAUGGAGCUGUGUCCCGGCGGCAACCUCAUGCACCGCAUCUACGAGAAGAAGCGGCUGGAGGAGGCGGAGGCGCGCAGGUACAUCCGGCAGCUCAUCUCGGCCGUGGAGCACCUGCACCGGGCCGGCGUGGUGCACAGAGACUUGAAGAUAGAAAACCUGCUGCUGGACGAGGACAAUAACAUCAAGCUGAUCGACUUUGGACUGAGCAACUGCGCGGGGAUCCUGGGCCACUCGGACCCAUUCAGCACGCAGUGCGGCAGCCCCGCCUACGCCGCGCCCGAGCUGCUGGCCAGGAAGAAGUACGGCCCCAAAAUCGAUGUCUGGUCCAUAGGCGUGAACAUGUACGCCAUGCUGACCGGGACCCUGCCCUUCACCGUGGAGCCCUUCAGCCUGAGGGCUUUGUACCAGAAGAUGGUGGACAAGGAGAUGAACCCGCUGCCCACCCAGCUCUCCACAGGAGCCGUCAGCUUCCUGCGCUCGCUGCUGGAGCCUGACCCCGUGAAGAGGCCCAACAUCCAGCAGGCGCUGGCCAACCGCUGGCUGCAUGAGAGCCACACGGGCAGGGUGCCCUGUGUCACCUACCCCAACAGAAUCUCGCUGGCCGACCUGAGCCCCAGCGUCGUGCUGCACAUGACCCAGAAGCUGGGCUACAAGAACAGCGACGUGAUCAACACGGUGCUGGCCAACCGCGCCUGCCACAUCCUCGCCGUCUACUUCCUCCUGAACAAGAAGCUCGAGCGCUACGUGUCAGGGAAAUCCGACCUGCAGGACGGCGUCUGCUCCAAGGCCCCGCUCUGCCCGGCGGACAGGUGCCGGCCCGGCAGGGAGCCCUGCGAGGCCUCCCUGGACACCUGGACGCGAGACCUUGAAUUCCACGCGGGGCAGGACAAAACGCCCAGAGAGCAAGAGAAAAAGGGGGACUUCCUUCCCCGGCCAUGUCCCCAGAAGUUGGAGAAGCACCUGCCGGCGCCCAGGCAGCCCCCGGCCUCGCUGGGAGGACUGUGUCGCAGUGUGACCGUCCCGUACACUGACCUGGACACUUACAGUGCGAAGAUGGUCGGCGUGUGUCAUGUGCUUGUCACCACGACGAAGAAGUCAUGA